CAAUCGGAAGACGCUUGGGCGGGGCGGCGGCUGCGGGUGAGGUCCGAGAGGGAGGCCGAGCCCAGCUCGGACCCCGACCCUGGGUGCCGCCUCCUGAGUGCCGCGGCCGGCGACGCUGCAAGCCAGGUGAAAAUGAGUUCUUCUGUAAGAAGGAAAGGCAAGCCAGGCAAAGGGGACGGAAAGGGGUCUUCUAGAGGAGGAAAAGGAGGCAGGGGUCACACGAAUAAAUCUCACGGGGGCAGCUGUGGCAGCGGCGGUGGCGGCGGUGGUGGCGGUAGAAAGGCAUCGAAUAGAAUUUGGGAUGAUGGCGAUGACUUUUGUGUCUUCACUGCAUCAAAGCGCUCACCCAGGCCCAGCGACAGUAACAAAAACAAAGAAGAGACACGGCCCAAAUGGAAGCCCAGAACCAAAGUGCCCCUUCAGACGCUGCACAUGACGUCAGAGAACCAGGAGAAAGUGAAAGCCCUUCUGAGAGACCUGCAGGAACAGGGUGCGGACGCGGGAUCCGAAAGAGAGAUCUCUGGGGAGGAGGAGGAGGAUGACGACGAGCCGGAGUGUGAUGACGAGCAGUCCUGGCCAGCUGGACAAGGGCCUGCCUUUAUCCCUGACCCCAUUUCUUGGGAAUACAUCGGCCCAGAAGAAGUAGAUCCUCCUAUUCCAGAAAUCCCAGUCUCCCCGUUUGCCGUGCUUAAACUUUCCAGGUAUGGUUUCAACACUGAGCACUGUCAGCUGGCCCUGAGGAUUUGUGACGGAGAUCUGGGGGCAGCGCUAGAGUAUCUGCUCGAGCAGUGUUUUUCGGAGACUUUUGGAGAGAGGAUGAGGCUCUCCGAGGCAGCUGUUUGUAUAAGCUUGCAGGAGUGUGUGGAGCAGAGGCAGGAAGAGGCGCUUGCUCUCAGGUCGAUCUGUGGAGAAAAAUUUAUAGAAAGAAUUCAGAACAGAGUCUGGACCAUUGGACUGGAACUAGAGUAUUUGACAAAUAAAUUCUGUAAGUCCAAGCAGAAGGGAAAUGCCAACAGUGUACGGGACGCUUCACCUGAGACCUGUAGAUUUUACCUCAAAGGAAACUGUAAAUUUGGAUCAAAAUGCAAAUUCAAACAUGAAGUGCCCCCAAAUCAAAUCAUUGGGAGAACAGAGAGAAACGUAAAUGAGUCUCAUCUUAACAUUGAGGACGAUUCAGCUUUUCUGUAUGAGCUUGAGAUUCGCUUUUCUAAAGACCAUAAAUACCCCUACCAAGCUCCCCUUGUGGCAUUCUAUUCCACCAAUGAGAACCUACCUCUGGCUUGUCGUUUACAUAUUUCUGAGUUCCUUUAUGGCAAGGCCUUGGAGUUUGCAAAGACCUCAGAACCCGCUGUGUAUUCCUUGAUGACCCUCUUGGAGGAGGAGUCGGAGAUCAUCAAGUUACUCACAAGCACUUAUCACAAGUACAGCGUUCCUCCGGUAAACUCCCCUCGGGAGCCUUCCGACACCAGGACAAGUAAACCUGCCUACCACAGACCAGUGAUCCCAAGUCAUUCUUUUCUUUCAAAUCAAAUUCCAGAAGCGGAAAGAUUCUCAGAACCGGAGGAGGAUGCAGAUGAGGACGAAGGCCCUGCCGAAGUCAUAGUGGAGAAUGAGAGCUACGUGAACCUCAAGAAAAAGAGUUACAAGAAGUAUGAGUGGCCGGCAAAGUCCGUCUAUGCUGAGAAUACUAAGAUCUGCAAGCAGUUCCGGAUGAAACAGACUUCCAGACAGUUCUACACAAUUCUACAAGAAAGACAAUUACUACCUGCUUGGGAAGAAAGAGAAACGAUUCUUAAAAUGUUGAGCAAGCACCAAGUGGUUGUCAUAAGUGGUAUGACUGGGUGUGGGAAAACCACACAGAUUCCCCAGUUUAUUCUGGAUAACUCCCUGAACGGGCCACCGGCGCGGGUGGCGAACAUCAUCUGCACCCAACCCCGACGAAUCUCUGCGAUCUCUGUGGCUGAACGUGUUGCUAAAGAGCGAGCGGAAAGGGUGGGUGUGACCGUGGGGUACCAGAUCCGGCUGGAGAGCGUCAAGUCGUCAACCACCAGACUGUUGUACUGCACCACAGGCGUGCUGCUGAGGAGACUAGAAGGAGACGCGACUCUGCAGGGAGUCACCCACAUCAUUGUCGAUGAAGUUCACGAGCGCACAGAAGAAAGUGACUUCCUACUGCUCGUUUUAAAGGACAUCUUGUCACAGAGACGGACCCUCCAGGUCAUUCUCAUGAGUGCAACUCUGGACGCCGGGCUCUUCUCCAAGUAUUUCAGCUAUUGCCCAGUGAUCACUAUUCCAGGCCGUGCAUUUCCUGUUGAUCAGUUUUUUCUGGAGGAUGCAAUUGCUAUGACGAGGUAUGUGUUACAGGACGGGAGCCCAUAUAUGCGCUCCAUGAAGCAGAUGGCCAAGGAAAAGCUGAAAGCCAGGCACAACAGAACUGCAGUGGAGGAGGUGGAGGAGGACCUGCGGCUGGCACUCCAGCUUCAGGAGGAGGAGUCCGUCAAAGACACAAUACCAGACCAACAGCUAGACUUCAAGCAGCUCUUGAUCCGCUACAAAGGGGUGAGCAAGUCAGUCAUCAAGACGAUGUCUAUCAUGGACUUUGAAAAGGUCAACUUCGACUUAAUAGAGGCCUUGCUAGAAUGGAUUGUGGAUGGUGAACAUUCCUAUCCUCCAGGUGCUGUACUGGUGUUUCUGCCGGGGCUAGCCGAAAUCAAGAUGCUGUAUGAGCAGCUGCAGUCCAACUGUCUUUUCAACAACAGACGCAGUCAUCGAUGCGUUAUCCAUCCACUGCACUCAUCCUUGUCCAGUGAAGAGCAGCAGGCGGUGUUUGUAAAACCUCCAGUGGGCGUAACCAAGAUUAUCAUCUCCACCAAUAUUGCUGAGUCGUCCAUAACCAUUGAUGAUGUUGUUUAUGUCAUCGACUCUGGGAAGAUGAAGGAAAAGAGAUACGAUGCCGGCAAAGGGAUGGAAAGUCUAGAGGACACGUUUGUGUCUCAGGCCAACGCUCUGCAGAGGAAAGGUCGGGCUGGCCGUGUCGCAUCCGGAGUCUGCUUCCAUUUGUUCACGAGCCACCACUACAGCCACCAGCUUUUAAAGCAGCAGCUCCCGGAAAUACAGAGAGUGCCGCUGGAACAACUGUGCCUAAGAAUUAAAAUUUUAGAAAUGUUUAACUCUCAUAAUCUCCAGUCUGUGUUCUCUCGGUUCAUUGAACCGCCGCACAUCGAUUCUCUUCGUGCCUCCAAAGUGCGCUUGCGAGACUUGGGAGCCUUGACUUCAGAUGAAAAGCUGACCCCGCUGGGCUAUCACUUGGCCUCGCUGCCCGUGGACGUGAGGAUCGGCAAACUGAUGCUGUUUGGGGCCAUCUUCCGCUGUCUGGACCCCGCCCUCACCAUUGCUGCCAGCUUGGCCUUUAAGUCCCCUUUCGUGUCUCCCUGGGAUAAAAAAGAAGAGGCCAAUCAGAAAAAGCUGGAAUUUGCAUUUGCAAACAGUGACUACCUGGCCCUUCUCUGUGCAUAUAAGGGUUGGCAGCUGAGUACAAAAGAAAGCGCGAGAGCGGGUUAUAAUUACUGCAGACAGAAUUUCCUGUCAGGAAGAACUCUGCAGGAAAUGGCCAGCCUCAAACGGCAGUUCACUGAACUGUUGUCCGACAUCGGGUUUGUGAAAGAGGGACUCAGAGCAAAGGACAUUGAAAAAAGGGCCCAAGGAGGAGAUGGUGUCCUGGAUGCCACAGGAGAAGAGGCAAACACCAAUGCCGAAAACCCCAAGCUGAUAUCCGCAGUGCUGUGUGCUGCUCUGUAUCCAAAUGUAGUGCAGGUCAAGACCCCAGAAGGAAAGUUCCAGAAGACCAGUUCUGGAGUUGUUAGACUGCAGCCGAAGUCAGCCGAGUUGAAGUUUGUUACGAAGAAUGACGGAUACGUGCACAUUCACCCUUCCUCAGUGAACUAUCAGGUCAGACACUUCGACAGCCCCUACCUGUUGUACCACGAGAAAAUCAAAACUAGCCGGGUGUUCAUCCGAGACUGCAGCAUGGUGUCUGUGUACCCCCUGGUCCUGUUUGGAGGAGGCCAAGUGAACGUGCAGCUUCAGCGGGGAGCGUUUGUUGUCUCCCUGGAUGAUGGCUGGAUCCGGUUUGUAGCUGCUUCCCAUCAGAUAGCUGAACUGGUAAAGGAACUUCGCUGUGAACUUGACCAGCUCCUGCAGGACAAAAUCAAGAACCCGAGCAUGGACCUGAGUACGUGUCCUCGAGGUUCUCGGAUUAUCAGCAUGAUUGUGAAGCUUGUCACCACACAGUAGAAACUGCUGGGCCUGGGGUGCCCGCUCUUCACCACCUUGUUCCCCUGCAAGUCACAGGAGCACUUCUACCUCGGACGAGACCUGGCCUGGGGCUGGCCCUGGGGAGGCGGGGGCACAGAGCCUGAGUGCUGAGCCAGCCGAGGCUCCACAGCCAGAGACAUUUUCCACACGUGCUGUUUCUGAGAACGUGGGGACACUCCCGGCACAAUUUGGAGUGUCUGUGUAGGACAGUCUAAAACCCAGCUUGCCUCUUUGUGACUGUACCAAACUGAAUGGAAUUCACCUCAUAACUCAAAAGUGAAUGUUUAAGACAAGGUUCUGUCUUAACCUAUGUAUUCUUCUUCUCCUACUUCUCAUACUUUUUAUUAUGCAUUGUCUAUACAUGAUGGAUACUUCUUUUCUCCUGUUUUUUUUAUUGGGCAUGAGGAGAAAUGUUUUGUUUGAUGUUCCCAUCAUAAUAAAGGCUUACCUGAGAGAACUGAAAUGAGAAAGAAAUCAUGUGAGUAAGAAAAAUAAAAAUCUCAUUUUAGACCUG